UACAAACGCUGUCCUGGAUUUACUCACGGUGGAUUCAAAGCACCAGCGGGAGAGCAGGUACAGAUCCCUCAACGACUUGUCCCAGCGAUCCCCAAGACCAAACACUCCCGAGGAAAUAAAGCUUCCAUCCAAGAGUUAACGCUUACAGCUAAUAACCAAAAGCAAGGACGGACCCAGAGGAUGCAGCUUUUUUUGAUUGGACAUAUGUUGUAGGGGCGAGUGUGAUUAUCUCCUGCCAAAUGAAUUCACCCCAGAGUGGUUACUGGUGGAAGUGGUGGAAUGCAUCAUGUUACUGAAUAAUUAUGGCUUUGGAGACUUUGUACAUUAAAACGGCCGUUGUAACGGGUGAUACUUCUGCCCAGACCCUUUCCUGUCUUCCUACAAAGUGAUGGAUGGAAGUGGGAGAGUGAAAGGCAUUUGUCAAAAGGAGAAAUGUUCAGCUGCAGAGGGCAUCCUUUACGUUGUCCUUGUCCGUGAGCAAAGUAGCUCAUUCAAGCAGUUGCAAUCAGCAACAAUGGCAUAAAUCUGGCAGUGGACCUGCAUGGUGACAGGUUCCGUCGUUAAAGGGGAACAAAUCUCCAUCCCACCAAUUCUUGGCUUCCGUCUCCAUCCGUCUGCAGCUCGAGCCAGCUUUCUUAGGCUCUCGGCACAGUGUCCUUCAAGAGAAACAGGGAACGUGCCCCGAUGUCUGCUCUGCAAAGAAGUGACUUAUUUAUUUAUAGUGCGUCUUUUGGAAAAGGUGCCCCUUGUGUGCGCGUCUGGCCACUUGCCCAUAUCAGCUAAUCCUUUGUUUUAAAUAUGGAAAUUCCUGAUGCACUUCAUUACCAUGCCAAACCGGCUACGAGGGGAUAAUCAUAUAACCUAUUACUCAUAUACGAUGAUGCACAUGCGCAAUCAGCUCUUCCCCCUUCUCGCGCCAACCGAGCCCGAUCUUAAAACCGCGAGCAGCCUCAGACAGAUCAUCCGUGUAUUUGAGAGGACAACUGUCAGGCAGAUGGACUUGAGCUCCGCAGGAAACGCAGGAAAUUGACCUCAUCUGACUUAUCUUAUUCCACAAGGGAAUACUGAUGCUGAGUCAGAAGUUGAUUUUCUGCUCCAGAAGCUUCUUUCAUCUCAACCAAUGGGAUUAGGAUGAAAAGGUGAAAGUUGGCUUCUGUGAAUCGGCGAAUCCAACAUGCUCUGAUGUGUCGCAUUGACGGAGGGAUGUGAGGGAUAAACAGUCGGCCAACUUGGAAAUCAAAUCCCAGAAAACGGACUCCGGCUUAGAGGAUGCUUGUAGUGUUGCUGUCUCUCCUGUUCCUUGAAGAAGGAUUCGCUUUGGCACAAAAGACUGAAGAUGGAGGGGCAGACUCAAAGGGGGUUAGAUCUUCCCAACGGCCGAAGCAACCUCAUCAAUGUGGAAACUGGCAACGAAACACAGAAGGGGGCUCCUUUAGCUCCCCAAACUACCCCAAAACAUACCCUCCCAACAAGGAGUGCCUCUACGUACUGGAAGCUCUUCCCCGCCAGAGGAUAGAGCUGCUGUUUGAUCAGACCUUCUACAUCGAAGCCUCGUUCGAAUGUCGCUUCGACCACAUCGAGGUGCGGGACGGCCCCUUCAGCUUCUCGCCACUCAUCAACCGCUUCUGUGGCUCGGCCACUCCUGGACUGGUUCUAUCCAGCGGACGCUUCAUGUGGAUCCGCUUCUUCAGCGACGACGAGCUGGAGGGGAUCGGCUUUCAAGUCCAGUACAGCUUCACAGCAGAUCCUGAGUUUCAUCUGCACGUGGGAGGACUCUUAAACCCCAUCCCAGAUUGUCAGUUUGAGCUGAGUGGAGCUGACGGCUUGAUCCGUUCCAGUCAGGUGGAGGAGGAAUAUAAAGUGAAGCAAGACCAGGCAGUGGACUGCAUCUGGACUAUACGAGCCCCUGCGAAUAACAGGAUUUACCUGCGUUUCUUGGAAUACCAAAUGGAAAACUCAAAUGAAUGUAAGAAGAACUUUGUAGCGGUUUAUGAUGGUAGUAAUGCCAUCGAGGACCUGAAGGCCAAGUUUUGUAGUACAGUAGCUAAUGACAUCAUGCUGGACACCGGUGUCGGAGUAGUGAGGAUGUGGGCUGAUGAAACAAGCCGUCUCAGCCGCUUCAAGAUGCUGUUCACUUCUUUUGAGGACCCACCCUGUUUGGGAAGUGCAUUCUUUUGCCACACUAACAUGUGCAUCAACACUUCUCUGGUGUGCAACGGCAUACAAAACUGUGUCUUUCCCUGGGAUGAAAGCAACUGCAAAGAGAAAAAGAACAAAGGGGUUUUUCACCAGAUCACAAAGACUCAUGGGACAGUAAUCUGUGUGUCUACGGGAGUUGUGUUACUGCUCCUCAUCGUCUCCAUCCUGGUGCAAGUAAAACAGCCACGAAAAAAGGUGUUGGUACGUAAGAAUAACCUGUUCCAUCGAGGGGACUCCCAGGAGGUCUUUGACCCCCCGCGUUAUGAACUCUUUACUCUCAGAGACAAGGACAUGUCUGCAGACCUCGGGGAGUUAUCAGAGGAGCUCCAGUCCCUGCAGGCACUCAGGAGAUCCUCAUCCGGCUCACGCUGUGUUCACGAACACCACUGCGGCUCUCAGGCUUCUCUUAACUCCGUCAAAGCCAUCCACGGUGCACGUGAAAUGGGCAGAGGGUCCCUGGAGCUUCUCCCUUUCAGGGGGGACCUGCAAAGCGCAUUACCUACCUUCAGGGACUUGAACAGCAGCAUGCGGAAGAAGAGCUGGCCCAGUAUGAAACCGGGACGAACGCAAGGACGUCAGGGUACGGCGGACAGAACGAUGGGCCGUCAAGAUAGAGUGAUGGAAGAGGACGAAGAGGUUGAGGAAGAUGGAAGGUAUGAUGUGUACGUGCGCGGAGCAGGAAGCCGAAGAGGUAACUACGAAAUGGCCCAGCAAAGGUCCUUGUCCAUGGACUUCUGAAAAGAAAAGACAAGGAGGGAAAGUACUGAAGUGACACCUUUAUGAAACAGAGCCACAUUUUGGGGGGAUUCCUGGACCUUUCUUUUUUCACUUGCCUCCUUCCCACUGAGAGGAACCGUUCUUCAGGAUUUAUAAACUAAAUUCAAGAUACUUGAGCACCGCCGACUCUAUUUGAACAUUAAAACAGCCGAUAGUGAGCUGCUUUUGUAUUUGGGAUCCUUGUGAAAGGGAAGAUGAUGAUUCUUAUUUCCAAUGUAUUUUGUUUGAAAAACAAUUUACUGUAAAGAAAUUUGAUUUUGUUGAAAAACGUUUUCAAUCAAUGUUCAAACUCUGAGUAAAUGGUACAUUUUAAGGAAAUAAUGGAUGAAUGACCUUUCAGUUUCUGUUGAUCUCUUAUCAGCUGCAUUAAAUAAUAUAUACGUACACUCCACCACCCUUUUUGGUUCAUGAAAAGUAUCAUCAAGCCUUUGAAUGCGUCAGCAGUUGAGCAGUCACUGAUGUCCCGUCCAGGAGGCAGGUUUGUUUGUGUCGAGCAGCAACCUUUUAAAAGGUGCGUCACACAAGUAUGCUGAUUGGAAAUUCCCUUUUAAUGGUAAUUAUCACAUCACUACCAAAAGGACCGGACCGUUUGGCAUUUUAACGGCUAGCCUUUGGUUUCAUUUUUUAUUUGGGCUGUAGACACGGAAUUAACUGAUCUGGUAAAUGUUAUUAAAUGAUUAAAUCAGA